AUGGAAGGGUAUGUUGAAUGUGGUGGGAGCGGGCAGUCAACUCCCCGAAUUACCACUGUAAAGAGACCCGCAAAUAAUGACUCUACUGGAAAGGGCCAGGAGGUUCCGGCUUCGAGGCGGUGCUUGAUUCCUCCAGACGGGGCUUCAUCUUCAUCAUCAGCCGUCAGGGCUCCUCCUUUGAGGGACGAGAAAAUUGCCCGAAUCUUGAAUCAUGGCAGUGAAGAGGAUGCUGACAGCGAUGAUGAAGAUGAAGAUUUAGUUCAGCCAGUGCAUCUGCCGAGGAGAGCUGAAAGACUUUUUAUGUCUGAGGAAGACACUAAGGUGCCACCGAUAACGCUGCUAUAG